AUGUCGUGGGACUUCGCCGUCGACGAUCUGCGGAAGGAACUCAAAGAAUUGAAGGAGAAGCUUGCAGUGCAAGGCGUCAAGAUUGGCGAGCAAGAGAGUAAAUUAAUCAAGAACGAGGAGGAUUUGAAGGUUGCACAAGACAAUUAUGCCGAUACCCUGUACAAGGCAAGUUUGCUCCGGAAGGAGGCAGAUCGGGCAUUAGAGCUUGAAGAAUCUCUUAAGAGGAGAAAUGAAGAACUAAGUAACGAACGGAAUACCCGAGAGAAUGUAGAACAGGCUCUUCGGACGGCGAACGAGGAACGCGAGAAAGAAGCGGCGUCUGUGAAGGAGACGCAGUACUUCCUGAAUCAAAUUGCGAGCGAGUCUAGCGAGAGUCGCAAGGAACGUGAAAGGCUUGCAGCAGAGAAAGCGAAACUUGAUGCGCAAGUUCGAGAGCUACAGGGAGAACUUCGGAGACACGAGAUCGCACCCCCACCUCCGCCCAAAACUCCCGCUAGACCCCGCGCUUCUUCACUUACUCACAUCAACAAAGUAGUCAUGCUUGAGCGCGACAUCGAACAGAUCCGAGCGUCAGCAUCUUCUUCCGAAAUUGAUCUGAAGUCGACGCAGGAGAAGUUAUCUAAAGCACAAUCCGAUUUAAUCCGCAUUGAAAAUGAGAAGGCGGUUUUGGAGAAGAGACUGAAGGACGCUGAAGAGAAGGUGAAGGAUGCCAGGACCGACAAAAGCGAGCUGCAGGCGGAGCUGGACUUCUAUCGAGAGCAAUGUGCGUCGGGGUCACGAGAGGCGGAGUUGAUCGCCAGACUUGAGGAAGAAGAGAGCAAAGUAACACUCUUGGAACAGCAGCUUGCUCAGGCUAGCCGCUCUAGUGCGAUGAAGCGUUCUAUUGAUCAGCUUCAGAGUCAACUUGACAACGAAAUUUCUCGCCGUCAGAUAGCUGAAACACGCGAGGUCAUGCUAGUUCAAGAGAAGGAGGAGGCGCUGAAUGAGCUUGAAGACCUUAAGGUGAGCGUUCGAGAGCAGGACUUUUUCGUUCAGCAGAGAGAUACGCGGAUCAAGGAACUUGAAACUCGAGAGAGAUUAUUACGAGAGCAGUUAGAGAUUACAAGCGCAAAUGCAAGCUCUGAGCACGAAGGAAUCGCGAAGAUCACUGAAUUGGAGAACCGGAUUGAACGUAUCCGCGCCGAACGCGAUGAGUUAACUGGUCAUUUGGAAUUCGUCCAAUUGGAAUGCCGUUUCAAAGUGGAAGCUCUGGAAAAGGCGCUCGCAGAGCGAGCAGCGAAUACUCCAGAUGAUCCCCGGCUACAGGAUCAUCAAUCACGUAUUGCACAGAUGGCGGAAAGGGUUGAUACCGGAAAGACGCACCUACAGAGACUGCGUAUUGCUUUGUCCGCCACGCUGGUCACUAUUCAGCAACUCCACUCUCAGAGUUGUAUUGCCACUUCUCAGGAAAAGGCGCAGACAAUGGAAGUAGAUCCAUCUAUUCUCUGUAAUGACCUGGACGAGCUUCUCACAGACUCCUCGUCGCUCGAUUCCGUCGUUUCCUCACUACAAGAUAAUUUGCGCGCGAAGGUGGAGGAAGCUGAACAUGCCCGAGUGGAGCUUGUAGCAUCUCUGGCGUGCAAAGAUGACAAGAUCGCCGAACUUCAACUUCACUUAUCAGACUCCUCCGCUGUUGUUCGUGAUGAAAAGGAAAGGCGUACUGCCCUCGAAGAACGUGUACAAGAGCUUGAAGUCAACCUGAAUACUGUCAGACAAGAGCUCGCCGAUGCGUUAGAGCAUUGCGAACGCCUCGAAGCCAGACAGUCGUCAGAUGCGUCAUCGAAUGACACUAUCCGUUCCCUCCGGAAGGAAGUUGAAGAGCUCAGGAGCAGAGUGGCACGAAGGACCGAGCAAAUUGGCUUGCAUCAGCAUGACAUCAAGCGACUUGAAACGAACAUGCGUUUGAUGGACGAACGUCUGGAGGAAGUACAAGGCGAGCUGGAAAUGGCGGAGACGACGAAAGCCGCAAUGCUUGAAGAUUGCUCGACAGCGCGCGAGGAACGCGACCAAGCUAAGAAGAACUUGUUGCAAGCGGAGCUCGAGGUUGAGCAGUUGGCUGCGCGAGUGCAAGGACUGGAGAAGGAGACCAGCAAGUUGCAAAAUGACCUUGCAGCACGGGACCAACGGGACCAAUCAGUGGUCUCUGCGUCAAUCAUCGAACGAGAUGCUCGGAUUGCUGACCUAGCGGAGAAAGUCAAAGUGAGUGAGACUGCGCUAUCGGACGCUCAAACGCAGGUGGCUGGCCUCCAAAAGGAAAUAAAAGAGGUCCAGGAGGCAGGCAAGCGAUCAGUCGAAGAGCAGAGUAAGAAGAUGCAGGACACUGAGCUUGCCACGUCGGAAGAAUUGGAACGCCGUUCGAGCGAGUUACAGCUCCUCAAGCAAGAGGUAGAAACUUCAAAACUUGCCCUGUGCGAGACGGAGGACGCUUUGAGAGCAACAAACGAAAAGUAUGAACGAGCAACGGAAGAGAUCGAGGAACUUAAAGCAGAACUUGCCGCCGUUAAGGAGGCAGGAGAAGAGACUUCUGAGGCUCAGAUAGAUGUGAGGAUGGCACUCGAUGCCAAGGAGAAGGAACUCGAGCGGAAGGAAGAACAGUUACGACAUCUAUCCUACGAAUUCGAAGCGCUUAAGACCAGAGAAGAAGAAACAUCCUGCAUGCUGGAGUCGAAGCAGCAAGAGCUAGACAUAUGCUCCGCAGAAGUACAGCGGCUUUCCUCGGAGCUUGAAACGACGGAAGCGAAGCAACAAGAAGCUGCAACCCGGCUCGAGUCGGCGGAAAGACAACUUGCCGAGACCAGUAAACAAGUUGAACAUCUGGAAACAGAAAAGGCAGAUCUUCUAACGCGACUCGCGGCAUUCGAGACCGAAUCUGAUAAAGAGUUGACCGAUUCAACCGCUCUUCGUUCCAUGCUUGAAGAGGAACGAGAACAAUACGAACAGAAGGUUACGAAACUGGAAGCCGAUAUCGAUUCUUUACGCUCGGCAAAGGAGGAACAGCUUAGAACUUCUGAUUCAUCUACUGAAGAGUUCAAGAUUCGUCACCAGGAAAUUACAGCCUCGCUGGAAGAAACCAAGGCAGAGCUCGCGGAGCAGCGUGUGCAGUACGAGACCCUCCUCGAAGAGCAUCGAAAGGCAUCUGCAUGCCACGAGGCUGAAGUGGUGGAUCUCAAACACCAGCUUUCUAGUUUAUCUACUGAGGUGGAAAAUCUCCAGAAAUCGCUGCAGGAGGAGAUUGACGGCCGGAAACAUGAACUUGCCGCUCAUGAAGAAGAGCUUUGUCUUGCACAAGACAAGCAGGGAGCAGUAGCCGAUAUCGAGUCUGAGUUGAAGCAGGACGUUCAACGAUAUCAGGAUCAGCUUGCCGAAGUUCGAGCGAGUCUUAUGUCUCUUCAAGAUGAGAACACGACUCUGCAGUCAGAAAUGGACGACCUGUCUGGAGAAUGCCAUCGUGCGAAGCUUCAGAGUCAGUCUCUGGAAAGACAGCUCUCGUCGAACAAUAGGGAGUUGUCCGAACUGCGCGAAGAAUUGUCCCAUGUACGAGAAGCGCUCUCACGCUCGGAGAAGUCUGGCAAGACAGCAGAGAUGAAUCUCCUCCUUUUCAGUCAACAGAACGAGCGUACUAUCUCUUCCCUUCGUGCUCAGUUGAAGGAACAUGAGAAGGGUGCUGAACGGAUUCACAAGCUUCAGCAGAUUGUUGGGGAAACCAGGGAGCAAAUCAGUGAGAUGGAGGGUCUACUUAAAGCCAAGUGUGCUGAAAUCGAAGAAAACGAUGACAAGUUCAUCCAGCUGUUGAAAGAAAAGAAGAAGUUGACAAGUAAGGUCGAGUCCUUGACGAAAAAGAAUAAUAGCUUGCAAAAUAAACUUGCAGCGGCAUCCUCAGGACCGUCGAAAGUAACGUCCCCUCCACCACAGGAGGCGCACCGCCAAGCAUCGGCAUUGGAGUCCGGCCGGCCUGCUCCUGUUCUCGAUUUACCGAGUGUCCAUGUUGAAAGGACCACCGCUGCAGCUUCAUCGUCUUCCGCAAGACCAAGGUUAUCCAAACGGCCAGCUCCACUAGAAUCUAAGACGCCGGAACCGUCGAGACGCAUCUCUGGCUCCAAGAGGCGUCGCGAAUCCACACCUCCGAUAGACGAGCUUCCUGUGACGACGUCGAUAGGCAAGAAGCGGCCUCUUCCUGACGAUUCUGACUCCGUCCGACCGAUGGUUGAGGCUCGCUUCCCAGAUUCAUAUCCAUCCACUUCUGAUAGUUCGUCAACACCUCCAAUGCCUUCGUCUUCUUCGACCUCGGCACUACCUUCAGUUCCUCCAACAUUCGAGUUCACUUCCACGCCUCGUCGCCGAAGAACAGCGCUUCAUACCGGGUUCACGCCUGUACGAGGACAGGCAGCCCUUCGACCUACUUUGAGCCAACCUUCGCCAAUGCGAAAGACUGCGGCUGCUAGGGCUAUACAAGCAUCGUCUGUAAUCUCUGAUGUAACGAACAGCCCUCCGAGAGCCAAACGACAUUUAACGGUUGACGAAGACUCCAACGAACCUCGAGUGCAGAAGCCAGCUGGAAAGGGUUGGUUAGGGAAAAUUCGUGGAGGAGCAAAUCCACUGAGGUCACGACAACAGCCAAACACGGAAAACCGUCCAUAAGUAGCUUGCAUUGUGUACAGUCCCUGUAGCAUGCAUAUGUAUCUAUAGCUUGCAUCUGCA